AGCCUGAAGCUGCUUCCCGUGGACUCUCGCCCAACUACGUUCGACGGCGAACUCGAACGAUUCGGCGAAUGGGGAAGAAAGGGAAGGAUCCCGAUCAGGAGACCGGCGCCGUCCAAUCUCUCUCCUCCUCCUCCUCCGCCGCCGCCGCCGCCAACCCGUUAAGGAGCAAUUCCUACGGGGAGGCCCCCGUCGACCCUCCUGCGCCGGCGCAGGAGUUAGGGUUUGCGGAGCUGUCGUUGGGCCGCGAAGAUAGCGCCGGGGGAUCCUCGCAUGCCAGGAAGAGAAAAAUUGACGAGGUAAGCUUGACGCCCGCAUCGGUUCCCGAGAAAAGGGAGAAGCUUGGUGAUGGUCCCGAGGUCGAGUGUUCCAGGAAGAAGAGAAAGAAGAGGAAAAGGGCCGAGAUUGAGGAACAGUAUGCGAAGCGGAAGUACGGUAAUGAGGAGGAUUCUUCUGAAGGGGAGAGGACUGCCGUAGUUGGGAAGAAGAGGAAAGCGGCGUAUUUGAACUCAUCGCAGCUGGUGGAAUCGAAGGAACCGUUUGAUGAUGAGAGCGAGCUCGUGAGGACGGUUUUCGUGGGCAAUUUGCCAUUGAAGGAGACCACUCAAAAGGCUCUGCUGAAGGAAUUCGCAAAGUACGGGGAGAUCGACUCUAUCAGGAUUAGAUCAGUACCGAUCAUUGAUAGCAACGCAACCACAAAAGCUGCAAUUUUGGAGGGCAAAGUUAAUGGUGUUAUUCAUAGUGCGCAUGCAUAUAUUGUUUUUAAAGAUGAGCAAUCAGCUAAGGCUGCAUUAUCUCAUAAUAUGACAUUAUUUCGUGGGAACCAUGUACGUGUUGAUAUGGCUUGCCCACCACAUAAGAAGCUAAAAGGAGAGGCUCCACUGUAUGAAAGAAAGAGGACUGUUUUUGUGGGUAACCUUCCCUUUGAUGUGAAGGAUGAAGAGCUUUACCAUUUGUUUUAUAGCACUGGUGAAUCAACAACAUCCAAUGUGGAAGCUGUGCGAGUUGUUAGGGAUCCUUAUACGAGCUUGGGGAAGGGAAUUGCAUAUGUCUUGUUUCGAUCACGGGACGCUGUUGGUUCGGUUGUUUCAAAAAAGGACUGGAAGAUGAGAGAUCACAUUCUUACCGUACGCCGUGCAAAAUCAUUGGAUGCUACAUCAGCAAGUGUUGCACUGUCAAAAAGGAAGGGCCGAGAGCAAGAGAGGGAUGGAGAAUCAGACGAGAUGGCUCCUAAAACCAAACAACCUGCGGUUGUCGUCCGAAAGGUGAAAGAACUCCUGAAGAAACGAAAACAGGAGAACCGCACCCCGGAGGCUAAUCACGCGAAAAAGAAAGCGAGAAAACAUCAUGUUUAGAAAUUACUUGUUUCAAUUGUACUUUAUUAUCUUGGCAAAUCUUUGCCAAAUAUGUUUUUACUGUCAUUCUUCUUUUUUUCUCACUGGAAAGAAAAAUAUAAAAUCAGUUUUACUGUAAAUUAACUUUUCCAAUUUUAGGGAUUUAUGAAUCAUUUUAUUUAUUAUCUCA